AUGGGUGUUCCAGCGUUCUACAGAUGGCUAUCCAGGAAGUACCCGAAAAUCAUCUCCCCUACUCUGGAAGAAGAUGCUACGGUCGUGGACGGUGUAACGGUGCCGCCUUCAUAUAGUAAUCCAAAUCCAAAUGGUGAAUUGGACAAUUUGUAUCUUGAUAUGAAUGGUAUUGUCCAUCCAUGUUCCCAUCCGGAAAAUAGACCACCUCCAGAGACUGAAGAUGAAAUGUUAUUGGCCGUGUUUGAAUAUACCGAUAGAGUGUUGAAUAUGGCUAGACCUAGAAAAGUACUUAUGAUCGCUGUUGAUGGUGUUGCUCCAAGAGCUAAAAUGAAUCAACAAAGAGCUAGAAGAUUUAGAUCUGCUAGAGAUGCGAAGAUACAAGAUGAAGAAAGACAAAGAUUACAAGAUUUGAGAGAAGGUUAUGGUGAAGUUAUAGAUGAAGCUGUUAAAGUUAAAAAAACUUGGGAUAGUAAUGCAAUUACUCCAGGUACUCCAUUUAUGGAUAAAUUAGCCCUUGCAUUAAGAUAUUGGACUGCUUAUAAAUUAAGUUCUGAUCCGGGAUGGAAAGAUCUACAAGUUAUCAUUAGUGAUGCUACAGUUCCAGGUGAAGGUGAACAUAAAAUUAUGAACUUUGUUAGAAGUCAAAGAUCUGAUAUUGAAUAUAAUCCAAAUACAAAACAUGCUAUUUAUGGGUUAGAUGCUGAUUUGAUUUUCUUAGGUCUAGCUACUCAUGAACCUCAUUUCAGAGUUUUAAGAGAAGAUGUUUUCGCUCGUGAUAAUAAAAUGAUGAGUGUACAGGAAAAAAUGAAUUUAAGUGAAGAACAUCGUAAGCUUAUUGAAGAAAAAGAAUCCAAAAAACCAUUUCUAUGGUUAAAUAUUAAUGUUUUGAGAGAAUAUUUGGAAAUUGAAUUAAACAUACCGAGACUUCCUUUCAAAUUUGAUUUAGAAAGAGCUAUUGAUGAUUGGGUCUUUAUGUGUUUCUUUUGUGGUAAUGAUUUCUUGCCACAUUUACCAUCUUUAGAUGUUAGAGAUAAUAGUAUUGAUUUAUUAGUCAGUAUUUGGAAACAAGUUUUACCAAAAAUGAAAUCAUAUAUUACAUGUGACGGUAUUUUAAACUUAGAAAAUGUUGAAGUAUUAUUAUCAAAUUUAGCACCAAGGGAAGCAGAUAUUUUCAGACAGCGUCAAGCACAGGAUCAACGUCGUAAUGAUAACGAUAAAAGAAGAAAAGUUUGGCAAGAAGAAGAUAAAAUUGCUAAAAACCAAUAUUUGGCAAAUGUUACAAAGGGGAAAGCUGAUAAAGGUACAUAUACCCCAGUGAAUAACUUACCAUUAUUCGAUGUUAAUAAUCAAAGUGUUGGUAAAGUUCAUAUGUCAAAUAAAGAAUUGGCGCAAGCUCAAAUUAAUGCAGGUAAAACACCUGAUGCAACAACUGACGAUUCAUCAGCUAAAGAAGAAAGUGAAACUCCACAACCUGAAGUUAAAGAAGAAGAUGUUGAAAAUGCAAAUCAAGCUAAUAUCAGUGCAGCAGCAGCUUUAAGACAAAAAUUAUUAGCAAAUAAAACUAAAAAAAGCGAAGAUGCUACUAUUGGUGAAAAACGCCAAAUUCCUGAUUCUCCAACUGACUCAGCUGUAAGUAGUGAUUCAGAAGCUGCUGAUGUUGAUGGUGAUCCAGUUAGAUUAUUUGAACCAGGUUAUCAUGAUAGAUAUUAUAGAAUCAAAUUCCAUAUUUCCGAUGAAGAAGUUGAAGCUACAAGUAAAGAAGUUGUCAAACAUUAUAUUGAAGGUAUUUCAUGGGUCUUGUUAUAUUAUUAUCAAGGUUGUCCAUCAUGGAAUUGGUAUUAUCCUUAUCAUUACGCACCAUUUGCUCAAGAUUUCACAAAUAUCAAAGAUCUAGAUAUUAAAUUCACACAAGGGAAACCAUUUUUACCUUAUGAACAAUUAAUGUCAGUUCUACCAGCUGCUUCUGGUCAUAAUUUACCAGAAAUUUUCAGGCCAUUAAUGUCUGAUGCAGACUCACCUAUUAUUGAUUUUUAUCCAGAAGAUUUCCCAAUAGAUAUGAAUGGUAAAAAGAUGUCAUGGCAAGGUAUAGUUUUACUACCAUUUAUUGAUGAAAAGAGAUUAUUGGAAGUUGUUAGAGAUCAAUACCCAAAAUUAACAGAUGCUGAAAAGGGAAGAAAUGUUAGAAAAGAAGAUGUUGUGUUUUUAAGCAAAGAAAAUAAGCGUUUCAAAGAAUUUAAAAAAUUAUAUUCUGAUUCUAAAAAAGUUGAAGCUAUUGAUUUCCAUUUCAAUAAAACUGGCUUAUGUGGUAAAGUUUUGUCCAAUGAAAAAUUUCAAUUUGAUUCUAUAUUACCUUGUCCAAUUGAAGGUGAUGAUCAUCAAUAUAAUGAUUUAGAUACAAAUGCAUUUUUAUAUGCAGAUUAUAUCAUGCCACCAAAAUCACACGGUAAAUCAAUUAUUUUAACCGGUUAUAUUAAGCAUAAACCUGUCUUAAGUCAAGAAGAUAAAGAUGGUAUUGUGUAUGGUAGAGGUGGUGGUAGAAGAAAUUACCAUGAUGCGUCACAAAAUAUAAUUGAAACAGGACCAGGUAGUAAUAGUUCUUAUGCACCAAGAUUUGGUGGUUAUAAAUUUUUCUUAUGGUUAGCUGCUCAACAACAACAACAAUUUCAACAACAACAAAACCUAAAGCAAUUCAUGAAUAGUAAUCAAAACCAAAGAAUUGGUAUGAAUCCUACUGUUCAGCCUUCAAGUAGUGGUAACUUAUCAGUUAGACCUGGUAGUCAAAACUUACCACAACCAAGCCGUAAUGGUGUUUUAAGAAGAUGA